AUGGCACCCGGAUCCAAGACUAAGGAUCUGGACCGUCCAAAUGCUAAUAUUCGUACCGCAUCUGGUUUGGAGAAUAUACUCCCCGCAAGUUUCAUCAAUAUGCAGAAAUGUGCUGGCGAUAUUCCAAAGGACGCCACAUCACAGCCGUCCUCGCGUGCCAUGUCGCGAACUCGUCCGUCUGCUACCCCGCUCUCCGGUUCUAGCCUAUCGCGGUCCGUAUCGUCCAUGACAGAUAGCUUCAUGUUGGAUCGUAGACGCUCUCCUUCAACAAAGCCUCUGCAAUCUGAACAUGAUGGCGGGGAGAACUCGGAAGUCCCAUCUCCAAAAGCGGGAGAUGCGCCCACCGUCAUAUCAAACUGGGCGCACCUUUCUUACAUGAAGACUCAGCGUAAUACACUACGUGCCGAACUGAAGGCACACCAGAUUGCGGGUGCUGAAGCGAAGCGAUCCGUGACAUCACUACGUCGUCUUGCCUUUCGCAUGGCAGUUAACAUAUCAGUCAAGGAGAAGCAGAUUACGAACACUGCUCGAAACCUUGCUAGGAGUAGAACAAACAGCUAUCUCGAGGGUAAAGGUGCGCAGAGGAGGGUGGAUGAACUAAAGAGGGCGUUGAAGAUUGAGGAGGAACGGAACAAGGAGAUUCUAGAGGCAUUGGAAAGGGCUUCUAUGUUGACCCUUGAGUACUCGACUCCACAAGAUGAGCCUCAACACCGACCAGAACACAGCUUCUUCUCACCACCUCCGUCCCCACCGACGCGGUCAAGUGUGCCAGGUAGUCCAAUCAGCGAGCCAAGGACCCCAACACGGCCGUCUCCGUCUCCCUGGAACGAUGUCGAUUUUGAGCUCACUCCUCGCAUCGGAAGUGUAGCUGAGAUACGUACGUCCGAUAGUCGUUUGAUACGAGCGAAACGCGAGUCGGAUCGGGCGCUUGCCGUAUGUCGACGCCGUAUCGAACAGCUACAACAUGAAUGUGAAGAGAGUAGAGAGGAUAGCAGAUUCCUCGAGAUAACUCGGGAGGGGCUAGAGCAGGAGAUACGGAAUUAUCAGUCUCAGAUCGCUGUUCUGGAACGCUCAAGGUUUGCCGUGGAAAAGACACUACAGUCCACCAAGUCUCAACUUUUCACAGUGAUAGACUCAGAGGACAGAUUGAUACAGGAGCUGCAAGCCAAGAGCGAAGAGCUUGCUGCCUGGGAGGGAAGGGGUGGUGAUAUGCAAGGCAGGAUUGAUGCGUUGCAGAAAGAGAACACCGAUCUGGACGAACGCCUCCGCGACCAAAGCGCUCAAAUUAGAGAACUUGAGAUCCGUACAGCUAUCCUAGACGAGAGCUUACAAUCAUGUCGGAGCAAGCUUGAGGCUGCCGAAUGCUACGAGACAUCCCUGCAAGAACGACUGACCGAGAAGGAACAAACAUGCGAAGGCUUGAAGAAGCGACUUGACCGAGGACGGCAGCACGUCGCUAGUCUGGAGCAGAAGAUCACCGGCUAUGAAGCCGAUGCGGCGGAACAUUUGCGGAAGAUUGAACUCGAUGGACAUGACAUUUCAGAGCUACGCGAGCAACUACAAAAUUCGCAAAUCAUGAACCAGAACAAUGAAAAUGCAUUGGCAACUUUGAAAGAAGAGAUGGAGGUUCUACAAACCAAGUUGCAAUCCGAAAGCGAUGCACGCGAUGCCCUGGCUACCGAGCUCGAGACGAUGCGGACUGAGAAGACUGGUGUGGAGGAUGAGUUACGUGUCAUGACAGAGAGCUGGGACCAAGAAGCAGCAGCCAAAGUGAAGCUCUUGGUUGAACUGGAGGAUCUGCGCAAAUCGUACGAUACUGCCGAAGCUAGUCUUGUACAAGCUCUCGGGCGCAUUGAGUCACUGGAAGUAGCCGAUGCCACUGCUCAGGCUACAGCAGAAACGCUCCGAGCUGAGAAGUCCAAGCUUGAGGCAGAUUUAAGGGACACACAGCAAUUACUCUCUAAACUGUACGAGGAUGUGCAGACUAGAGACAGUGAGAUUGCUGAACUGCAGUCUGCGAAAAAGGACUACGAACAGAGGCUUCAAGACUCAGAGCAGCAGGUUUUGUCUCUCGCAAAGGAGCUGGAGCAAACAAAAACUGUCAUGAGGAAAACUGACGAACAGCAUGCUGCGGAUAUGGCAAAGAGCGAUGAACAUUUGCGUGAACUUGAGUCGUCAAUUCUCAAUCUCCAAUCAGCUUUGGCUACGUCGGAGAAACUGGAGGCGUCUCUACAAGAGGAGCUACGUCUUGUGCGAGACUCCAAGGAUUCUGUUGAAAGCGAGCUUGGUGAUGCUAUGCGAUCAAAAGCAGAGCUUCAAGAUCGGGUUGACUAUGUUCAGUCACAGCUCAUAUCGACAGCGGGCGAACGCGACGGUCUACAAGCGAAUGUUACAAAUUUUGAAGAGCAAUUGAGGACUAGCGCAGACACCCAAGCCAGUCUUGAAGAGCAACUCGCGGCUAUCACUGAUGAAGGGGCGUCACUCAGAUGUCGCGUGUCAGAGCUUGAAACGGAGCUCGAAGACCAUCGUGAUGCAAAGUCAAAAGUCGAAGAGGCCUUGUCGAUUGCUCAGAUGGAUGGUGAGGCAUCUGGUACAGAACUGGCUGAUCUCCACGCUCGGAUCGAGGAGUCGGAAGCUGCCACACAAGAAGCCCAGGCAGGUCUCUAUCAUGCUCUCCGCUCAAAAUCAGAUCUCGAAAACCAACUUCAGUCCGCACGAAACAAGCUGAAAAAGGUUGAGUCAAAAGCCAGUGAUGUGCGCUCACGGCUCUCUACCAUUCAUGAGGAAAUGGUGGAACUGCGACAGUCCAAGGAGAAGGCCGACAAAGACUUGAAGGUUGUUAGUGCUGCUCGCGAUGCACUCGACCAGGACUUACAACACUCGCGGUCUCAGCUGCAGGCAAUCCAGGCAAAGGUAUCUCAGCUCGAAACGAGACUAUCGUCCACCGAAGAAGAGCUUGAAGCUAUGUGCCGAGCCAAGGCGGCGGUCGAAAAACGUCUGAAAGAGACUCUGGAGGCCACUGCUGAGCUGAACAAAGAGCUGGAUACGGCUCGUAAAGAGAACGCUGACAUGCGAGACCGACUCGACAGCAUGACAACAUCUAAUGCAAAUCUGAAAGAGGAUCUUGUCGUGACUCGCUCGCAGCUAGCAGAGAUUGAUCUAGAGAAUACCCAUCUCACGUCGAAAUUAUGCGACGCGGAAGAAGAGCUAGAUACUCUCCGCCAACUCAAAGACGAUGUCGAAGGGAGGCUUAGUGAAGCGCUAGCAGCAUCGACAAAUGCAGAGCAGAGUCUGGCGUUGACUCGCGCCCGUCUCGAAGAACUUGAAUCACGAGACUCUCGCAUGGUUGCAGAGCUGGCUCAAACCAGAGCGGAGAUGGAUACCCUGGCAAAGACCAAAGUAGAGUUGGAAAGCAAACUUGAUGCUGCUGAAAACAACACCGGAUCUCUUCAGGCCGAUGUUUCCAGCAUGCGCUCACGGAUGGCCGAACUUGAAUCUAACACCGCGACCUUGCUUUCUCAGCUUGCAGCAAGUGGGAAGGAACUAGAAGAGUUGCGAUCAUCACGCGCUCUUCUUGAAAGCUCUUUUCAAACUGCUUCCGCCCGUAGCGGUUAUCUUGAAACUGAACUGCACGCUGCUCAGAUGCGGCUUAGUAUUGCUGAGGCGGAAAGUCUCGAAGCGAUGAACAGGUUCCUCUUAGCCAACAAGGAGCUAGCCUCUCUCCGUGAUGAAAACGUAAAGCUCGCCAAGUCUAGAAAGGAACUGCUAACCCGCCUUGCAACCGCAGAGGAAGAGUUGAAUACUGCGCGCGAGAACAAUAUCCGACUCGGAGCCUUCCUAGAACGUGUGGAGUCAGACAUGACUAAGGCUCAGACUGCAGUUGAAGAGACGGAGAAGCGCUAUCAUGAGUUUGUGCAAAGUGCACAAGCCAAGCUCGAAGCCGCGGAGAGCUCCAAACUACGAUUUAAGGACCGGUUGACGGAGCGAAACAACGAGCUUGAGACGUUGAUAAACGAAAACUCCGACCUUCACCAACAGAUUGGUGACCAGACACGCGAACUGGGUGCGCUUAAGGUGGGCAAGGGAAAGCUGGUGGAGGAGCUAUCCAAGAAAGAAAAGUACAUCGAGGAACUCGGUUCUUCUGCGGAGAAGCGGCUGAAGUCGAUGAACUCUGCGUACAACGGUCUCAGACAGAAGUUUGAGGAACAGCAGAGCCAACAGCGGCGGUUGGAUGAUGACCAUGAGACCGCCCUUCGCCUGGAAGCAGAGCUAGAGAAGAAGAUGACUGAGAUUGAAGAGAUGCAUCACAACCAAGAAGAACCCGUCGCCUCCUUUGCCGCGUUAGAGAAAGAAGUAGAAAACCUCAAAAACGACAAGAGGGCUUUCGAGAAGCUAGUCGCGACGCUUUACGAGAAGAUGAGACACCUAGACGUCCUAGACGAAUGGACCGAGCAAGGCGAAACCAAUCGCGCUGGCUCACAACGCCACAUCACCAUCCAAGAUGAACCAUACGACACUGCUCCGUCAAGCCCCAUUACCAUAUCACACCACGACGAAGACGAUGCAUGGACCAGACAGAUAGAAGAAGCGCGCAUGCAAAGGAACGAAGCAGCCCUCCUCCUCAGCGGCAUGAAGAAAUUCCGCGACAACCUCAAAAAGACCCUGCGAGACACCGACGCUCAUCUCCAUCGUCUAGAAAAAGAUAUCAAAGCCAAACACACCCCCAACCUCCUCCGCAAAAAAAGCCGUCCCUUGAACUCGCCUACCCCCGCCACCUCCACCGCCAUCGCCAUCGACGAGUCAUGGUAUUAG